AUGGCCCGCUCCGCUGUUGCUGCCGUUGACCAUCUCGUCCGUGACAGCCAUCGUGAGUACUACUACCACGACCUUGCCACCCGUCGUACGACCCGCCCGUCACGUGGUCGCCCCUCGACGACCACACGCCGGCAAAAGCGCCAGCCGCGAGCUCCGAAACAGAUUCUCGCCCCGCCCGAGCCGUAUGUCACAGAAUAUAAUACCGACUCUACCGACGCGACGAACGCCGUCAAAGCAGCGAAAGAUAAGAGAAAGCGAUCCACCACCCGUCGUAACGGCCCGGCCACCGACGAUUCUAUUCGGCGCUACCUUCACGAGAUCGGCGAAGUUAAGCUUCUGGAUGCUGAGAGUGAGAUUAAUUUGGCGAGGGAGAUCGCGAAGCUUCUUGAGCUCGAGAGAAUUUCUGCUACCCUGAAGGAUGCCAACGGCUUCGAGCCCGCCAUUCCGGAAUGGGCUGCGGCCGCCGACAUGAAUAUCGAAGUCUUCCGUGAGACCUUGCGACGCGGCCUUCGUGCAAAGGAGCACAUGGUUGCCGCUAAUUUGAGGCUUGUCGUGUCAAUUGCGAAGAAGUAUCUCAAUCGCGGACUCAGUUUCCAAGACCUCAUUCAGGAGGGUAGCAUUGGACUCAUUCGUGGCGCGGAGAAGUUCGAUGGCAACAAAGGCUUCAAGUUUUCUACCUACGCUACCUGGUGGAUUCGACAGGCUAUCACCAGAGCCAUUGCUGAUCACUCCAGACCGAUUCGGUUACCCGUUCAUGUCAACGAUACCAUCGCCGCGAUCAAGAAAGCCACCAAACUAUUGAGCACCGAGAUGAACCGUUCGCCUACGGAAACGGAAAUCGCCGAGCGCUUGCAAAUAUCUAUUGAAAAGCUCCGAUUUCUUUCGACGUCUGCCAGAGCUACAAUUAGCCUGGAAACCCCAAUUGGCAGAGAUGGCAAGGAGUCGAACGCUACGCUCGGGUCUUUCAUCGUCUGGGAAGGGGACACCCCAGAGGAAUCCACCAUGAAAUCACUUCUUCGUGAGGAUCUGGAGAAUGUUUUGAACACCCUCAGUCCGAGGGAACGUGAUGUAGUCAGGAUGAGAUACGGUUUUGAUGAUGGCAAAAUGAAGACGUUGGAGGAGAUUGGGUGCCUAUUCGCCGUGACUCGCGAAAGAAUUCGCCAAAUCGAGGCCAAGGCCUUGAGAAAAUUGCGACACCCCAACCGCAACGCAGUGCUUCGGGACUACGUUUACGACGAGAAGUAG